UAAAGGAUAAAUCGAAAGCAUGGUAUGAUCCGUUUACCUCUCAUUUCUAGAAGAAAACCUAGGGUUCCUCUCUCCUUUCCAACUAAUCCCAAUUUCCGGUUUCUCCAUUCUCCGGAUUCUAUCUUUCGACAAUCAAUAUAAAUGUUUCGCAUAUCUGAACCAUCUGAAGUUCCUUCCAGCAAUCAAGAAAAGGUAGAAGAGGAUGUGGAAAUGGAGGUAAAGGAUGAGGAGGCCCUAGCGCGGGCAGAGGAGGCUUUGGUCGGCCAGCCUCCUGACGAGCAAGCACUACGAGUAGCCCAGAUCGUGCGCAGUUACCUCCAUAUGAAACAGACGGCAGAAGGUGGGGAAGGCGGAUGUGGAGAUGCUGAAUCGCCGUCGGGAGACCGGUGCAAGGCCAUGAUGGAAGUGGUUCUCAAGGAGAACGGGAAAUGGUCGAUUUCCAAGCUGGAGACUGAGCAUAACCACUCCCUCAAUGCUGCCUCUUCCGGGGAUGGAAGCACUAAGGUGGCACUUACCAUUGGAAUGGUGUUCGACUCUGUGGAGGAGGCCAAGGCCUUUUACUAUGGCUAUGGUGAAAAAAUAGGGUUCAGGGCACGGACGGGGUCGAACCGAAGGUCGGUGGGCAAGGGGGCUCUCAUCAUGCAGAGGUUUUUGUGCUGGAGAGGGAGCUACCCUUUGCAGAGACGGAAUUUGGAGACUAGUACUGGGAAGAGGAAGCGGGGGCCUUACAAGAAGAGAAGUAAGCUGUUGGACGAGUUUGAGGAGAAGAAAGAUGGCGAUGGGGAUGUGGUUGAGGUGGUUGACAUCGAUAGCUCCGCUGAGAAGAUUGGGAUGGCAGAUGCUGACUUUGGCGUUUAUGUUGAAAGCAGGCCUUCAGUGAAAGGUUCAGUAGGUGGUGAUUGCGCUGCUGAGAUAGAGAGCAGGGCUUUAGUGAAAAGCACAGCUUCAUCCGAGACCACAAAGGCACCUGCAUCAGAGAUGAAAAAUGGUGGGCAGCCACCUGCAACAUCUGUUUCUGCACAAUCUAAGCUUUUGAGGGAGCUUGGUGUGAGAGUGUAUAGAUAUUCGUCUGAUGAAAAGAGAGACAUAAUUCUUAGAUAUUUGAUGAAGAAGAACAACCGACAAUCUGGGGAAAGAACUAUAAAGUUUUUUACGACACAACCUCCUCCUGGAGAAAAUUUCUUGCAACAACAAAAUAUUCAACAGCAGCAAAAUAUUCCGCAACAACAAGAUGCUGGUGGAAAGUUUAUUGGUUGGGUGCCAUUACAGACUUAUGAAAUGCAGGAUAAAGUUGUAGCAAGAAAGCCAAAACCACUAAUAAGAGAGAUAACAGGUGUAGUAGAAGAACCAAAAAUUGGUAUGCUAUUUGCAAAUGAAGACAGGGCAUAUGAAUUUUAUCUCAGAUAUGCUGGGAAUGUUGGUUUCUGUGUUCGAAAGGGAUGGUGGGAUAAAACUGCUAGAAGUGUUACUCGGCUAAGGGUUUAUGUGUGCUCAAAAGAAGGGUUUCGCCCUAAAAGUUUUGCAAAUGAGAUGAAAAAAGCAAGGCCAGAGACUAGAACAGGAUGUCCUGCCCGGAUGGCAAUUAAACUUAUGUCUAAUGGUAAAUAUAGUGUGAGUGAAUUUGUGUCAGAGCAUAAUCAUGAUUUAGCAGCUCCAUUAGAUAUUCAAAUGUUCAAGUCACAGAAGUUGUUAACUAAAAUGCAGUUUGGUAAUCAUCAUAGAACCAAACUGAUACCUUCUGAAUACAAAAACUACUUAAGGUUAAAGCGAGCUAGGAGUAUGCCGAUGGGAGAUGCAGGAGCCAUGCUAACAUACUUGCAGAGAAUGAAAAGUGAAAAUCCAUCUUUUUUCUAUGCCAUACAGGUUGAUGAAGAUGAUCAGUUGACAAAUAUCUUCUGGGCAGAUACAAAUUCGAUUAUGGAUUAUGACUACUUUGGUGAUGUUGUAUGUUUUAACACAACCUAUAAAGAUGCUGACAGUGGUAGACCAUUUGUUCUGUUUACUGGUGUUAAUCAUCAUAAGCAAACUGUUAUAUUUGGUGCUGCGGUUAUGUAUGCUGAAACUGUGGAAUCUUUCAAGUGGUUAUUUGAGACUUUCAAGGCAGUUAUGGGUGGUAAACAACCUAAGACAAUCUUAACUGGACAAAGCUCUGCCAUUAGUGAUGCCAUAGCUGUUGUAUGGCCUAGCGUAGUUCAUCGCUAUUGUAUAUGGCACAUAUAUCAAAGUGUUGCUAAGAACUUAACUCAGGAUUUCAAAGAUUUGGAAAAUUUUUUACUUGAUUUCAACCAGUGCAUUUUUGAGUUCCAAGAGGAGGAAGAUUUCUUAACUGCGUGGACAUCUCUGUUAGAAAGAUAUGGUUUAAAAGAUAAUGAAUGGCUAGCUAAUUUAUAUGAAGAGAGGAAGAAAUGGGCUUUGCCUUAUGGGCAAGAAACCUUUUAUGCAGAUAUCUUUAACACAUUACGAAGAGAUGGCUUAAACAGUGUGUUGAAAGAAUAUUUAAGUCCAGAAAUAGAUCUCUUACAGUUUCUCAACAAGUAUGAGGAGUUUGUGAAAGAACGGCGGUACAUGGAACAAGAAGCUGAUUAUCUUAGCAGUCAAUGCGUGUCGAGAGCAACUACGCUGAGGUUCCUGUGGCAAGCUGCAAAUGUGUACACACAUGCUGCCUUUGAGAUGUUUAAAAUGGAAUUUGAUCUUCUCUCAAAUUGUAUAGUUUACGGCUGUGGUGAUGUGGGAACUGUAUCAGAAUAUGAGGGAACUGUAUCAGAAUAUGAGGUGGCAGUUAAGGAUAAAUCCAAGCUGUACUUUGUAAGGUUUGAUAUAUCAGAUGGUUCAGUUUUUUGUAGCUGCAAGAAGUUUGAGUUUGUUGGGAUUCAGUGUUGCCAUGUGUUGAGGGUGCUUGACUGCAGGAAUGUUAAAGAGCUAGCACCACAAUACUUUUUGAAGCGGUGGAGCAAGGAUGUGAAAUCUGGACUCAUUAGGGACAAUGAGGGGUUUACGCUCCAGGAUGACCCCAAGUCAUCUCUACAAAAACGUUAUAGCUCCUUAUGCCGCAUAUUGUAUAGAAUUGCUGCAAGGGCUGCUCAAAAUGUUCAUGCAUAUGCAUUCAUGGAAAACCAGUCAAAUCAGAUUUUGGAACAGGUUGAACAGAUACUUCAAACAAAACUUCUUGAGAAAACUUCCAUGAACAAUUUUUCAAAAGGUCAAUCACAGAGUCAGAUACAAGGUGAAGGCAUAGAUAAUGAGAACAAUGGUGAAUCUAGGAGAUCAAGUGGGAAAAAGAAAAAUGAUGCCACAGUUCGUCGUAGGCAGCAAAAUGGGAUGGAUAUGAGUAAACAGUACAAGGGACUUACAGGAAAAUCUGAUGCUGUAGAGGUUUCAAUGGAUGCUAAUGAUCCACUUAUGGCAUCUAAUGAGAUCCCUUCCCAGACUAGGAAUUCUUCAAAUCAAAUUUUCCCCCCAAGUCAAUCAUUCCAGCUGCAGGGGCCGUACAUACCUGGCCAUCAAUUUGGACUUGGUUCCUUUCAUGGUUUUCAUGGAACACCUCAGUUUACUCAGGAAUUUUCAGCUCCUGUGUUGCAGCAGCAAUCAUUCCCGGGUGAAACUCAUUUAGGCCAGGCUUCUGAGAUGCACGCUCUUCAAUUUGUUGCAAGCAAUUCCCAGCUGGGACCCCAGGGAGGAGACCAAGGCCACUACACCAUACCAGUUUGGGAUUUUUUAUGACAAGUUUUUUAAUGAAAGUAUUAUGGCGUAGCAGCAAGCUUAGCCCUUGUCGCAUCAUUAAAAGUAAAGCAGUGAUGCUUCAAAUGAUCGUUCUAUGCAGGUUACUGAGAUCAGCUGAGGCCUAAAAAUGCUUUUUUUGCACUUCCAGGAGUGCUCCUUUGCUCUAAUUCUGAGCUAAUAGAAAAGUCUGUAAGCUGCAAAUUAGAAAAUUUUUUCCCCUUCAGCUCUAGUGGUGCUUCCUGAAGUUCUGUACAGUUAGAGACAUCAGAUGCUAAGCAUAAUUUGAUGUUGAGAAGAAUGAUGAGAGUUCAUAAGAGUAUUCAUGUAAAUGGUUAGCAAUAGCUUUUGUAUCCUGUAAGGCACGUGCUUCCUUUUUCAUCCCUUUAUUGUAGUGAUCCGUGACUAGUAGGCAGAUGUAUAUUUUCACCCUCAAAAGUUUCUCAUGCUUUGUUUAAAUCACCUGCAGUCAUCCUGAAUGAUUUUCGUGGAGUUUCUUGACGAUCCCUCUUUAAAUCUGUAUGUAUUUGAACUUCUUUAUUCAUGGUCCAAUAUUGCCUAUAUAAUAGGAGCUAAACUA